CAAACCUUCCACGCUCCGCUGGACGUCCACCGUUGUCAGCCGUGCGUGGUUUUUAUCGGGAAAGUAGUGAAGAAGGUUCGAACCCUAGGGCUUUGUCUGCUCCCAAAAUCGGUAUCAGGACAGUCAGGGUUCUUCUGUCUCGUCAGUUUAAGAAUGAGCACCUCUCUGAGCCGCCUGCUUAUAUCAGUAACAAAUUUCUCAGCCGCCAAUCAUGCACUUAACUGCACCAAUGCCCAACCACUGGCUUGUUCUGCUUCUGCAUCAGUGACACGCUUCAUCUGUUCUACAACUCGACACUUCCAAUCGCAACAGGACAAUUCAGUUAAGGAACAAACAAAGGCUUUGCAAGAGAAUCGCACUACUGAUAAUACUCAAGGCCAAGAAGAACAAGACAGUGGCGAUGACGAUGAUGUCCAUGUGAAUGAAGAAACCGGUGAGGUAGGUGGGCCCAAAGGACCUGAGCCUACCAGAUAUGGUGAUUGGGAACGAAAUGGUCGGUGCUAUGAUUUUUGAGCUCUCAGUCGUCUAAUAAAAUUCGUUCGGAGUUGGCUGUUUUGAGUUCCGGAUUUCCUGGUUGUAAUAGACGCAUCGUUUGGCAUCCUUCUCUUCAUUGCUUUCCCUUCGUGUGUCACUCUGCUAAAAUUAUGUGGAGGUGAACUCGAUCCAUUAUUGGAGAUUCGACCCUGUAUGAAAUUUAGGUCUUAGAAUAAAAAGGUCGGGUGUUCACAUUAGUCUUGUGGGGACAUUAACAGAUAAAUUUGAAGGUGAAAAGAGUCAUAGCAGGAGUGUAUUCUUGUUUCAUAUGGUUUGUUACCAUUUGAUCUAGAUUCGUGUAUCCUCACAAUCUCGUAUAGCAUUUUAGAUGAGGCGACUAGGAAGUCUGUUGGUGCUAAAGUUAUUUGAUAUGUAAAACUGAGUUCAUCCUUCUUUA